CGUGAAAAUCGAAUUUAUUUUAAGAUGACGAUUGAGUUUAAGAUAUUGAUUGAUAUUUAGUAUCAGGAUAGAGAUAUAUGAUCGCGUGUAGUACAUGGACCCAAAUUUAUCAGGCCUUAAAGGCCAUGAUCGUAUUUUCUUAGGGUGUCUUACAACUACUUAUUCAGACGGUGAGAGAUGAGUUCUAUGGUGAUUUAAAAUGAAUGUGGAGGUUGAGGUUUCUUUCGGGUUAAAGUUUCCCUUGGUUUUAUAGAAUUCUACAGUAAGUUGCGGGGUCGUUUGGAAGUUGCGAUUGUUUUUAUUAGAUUGUAAUUAUACUUGUAUUGAUUAGAAUGCAUCAUUUUUAUUUUUUAACAGACAAAAUACAUAGAUUGUUUAUGUGAUGUGAGAGAAACUAUCACUCAAAAUGAGUGAUUGUUAUAUCUCAACUUUAAGUUGAGAUUGUUGAGAUUAUUUUGUCUCAACUUUAAGUUGAUUUGACAUGCACAAUUACACAUACCAAACGUUGUAUUUAUUUUACAAUGCCUCAAAUUCAUCAAUACAUGUAUAAUAUUAUACUUGUAUUAACAACAAUACAUCUGUUAAACAAUCACAACUUUCAUACGCCUCCUGUGAUUCAGAAAAGGAAAUCUACAGCUAGUGUGCUUGUAGGAAGCAGGAGGACAAAGCUUUGCACAUGCAAAGCCCUCCCUAGAGUUCCUUGACUAGUCUCUUGAUCUUGUCAAGUAUGAGUUGCUUUAUUCUUAUGUGAUCUUAUACUACCUUGUGCCAAGGCUUCUUGGCUAGGUCUAUAAGGCAACAAGUACCCUUCGGCUCUCUCCCUUGAGGCGUCAAUCUGGUUGAUCGAAUCGAGAGUUGAUCGUGUCAUCUCCGAUCUUGAUCUAUGUGACUAGGAUUUUGAUGCUUGCACCACGAAGGGAUGCAAGCUCGACUUAGGAAAUCAUUCGAUCAUACAAAAGACAACAUGAAGGAAUCAAAUACAAAAGAUAGAAAGAAUAGCGCAAAUCAUAUUGUGCCAAAAUCGAGAAUACAAAGUCAAGAACCUCUAGGAUUCACAAACUCACGCAACGAAUGGGACUAGUUGGCCAUGGGAACGAGAUCCAUGAGAUUCACAAUUCGAAAUGAAGACACCACAGAGUCGUGAAUCCGGCUGCUCAAGUCGUGAAUCAUGGUCACGACGACUGGUGAGGCGAGCCAGGAGGCGAUUGAUGAGGGCUGGAAGCCUGACUAAAGUCGUGGUAGAGUCGAUAGUGAGCUUCAUCGUCGUGGCUCGCCAAGUUAGAGUUGGGAAGUGAGAAGUUGAGAAUUGAGAUGAGAACUCUCAAAGGGAGUUGCAACUGCAGAAUUGUCUAAGGAGACAGAGUGUGCGGAUUGUAGAAUUGCCUAACACUAUUUAGGGUUUAGAAUCGUUAGGUAGGUCUUGCAGGAUUGUAGGUUGACAAGGCAGGGUUGUGGGCUAGCCAUAUGGGUGGGCAAUGGUUUGGUCCCGAACCACACCAGAUCGAGUUGAUGUGCCGGACCACAUCAAAUCGAAUAUAAUAUGAUCCGGUUUUUGGUCCUAUGAAUUUUAAAAAUAAUGAAGAAAAAUGGACCGAAUUUACAUUUGGACCAAACCAAAUGGACCAAAGCUGACCGAAUGCAUUAUUGGUCCGGUCCGUAUUCCUAAGAUAUCCUUCAUUAUUGAACCGCGAUUCUCCUGAGUUUGAUCCGGUCCGGAUUUAUAUUGGCGCUGAUCGGCCAGUGCCUAAUACAGUAAUAAGCCAGCUUGACCUUGAUUCACACUUCCCACAGCACAGAUCAUUAUCCGAAAUCAACCGCUGAGAUCAAAUUUGUCUGCGCAGUUGAAGUCGUACUGCUUCUCGUUGGCUGGAAAAUAAUUAAUUGCCCUUCAUCGAAGUCUCAAAUCAAUCGUUGUCACUCGCUUCUCAGUUCUCAGUGCUCUCACCUCUUCUCCGUCAAAACAUGGAUUCACCACCUUUAUGAUUAGCGACAAAGGAUUCACCUUGUCCCUGAUUCCUCUUCUGGGCUCGUCUCAAAACUGGUCGUUUAUUGAGCGGUGACGGCAGCCGGCGAGGUCAAUUUAGGCGGGUUGAGGGCGAGCUUGCGUAUUUCAAUUCAGGAAACGCAGCUCUGAGUUUCCGAUCCGCAGUUAUGGAGGCGUAUAAGAAUUGGGUGCGGAGGAAUAGAGAUUACGUUAACUCGCUGGAGUCUCUCGCCAGUGGACUGACGUGGCUUCUGCCUGAAAGGUUUUCUGAGUCAGAGAUUGGACCAGAAGCAGUUACUGCGGUUUUGGGUGUGAUUACUGCAAUCAAUGAGCACAUAAUUGAUACAACUCCAAGAAGCCAGACACCUACCGUAGCAAUAGAGCCUCACUCUUUUCCUUAUCCGCUAUGCAUAUCCAUGAUAAAGGAACUGGAGACAUUGGUUGAAGUUGCUGCACAACAAUACUUUGGCGAUGAUAAAAAAUGGAACUUCAUUGCUCUUGCAGAAGCAGCAAAGGUGAUAGUUAGGUUGGCAUCGUUUAGGAACAGUGGAUUUCGGAUGCUUUUACAAGGAGGAGAGACACCAAAUGUUGAAAAUUCACCAAGUCCAUCAAAGCUUGGGAAUCAUCAUGAGCCUGACCAUUUUCUGAAUAUGAAUGGAAGAACCCAAUGGAAUAUGGAAGGCAAGGCCUUGUCUGCACUGAGUAGAUUCCGAGAAAAUGCCAGGAGGAGUGCUGACCCAGAGUGGUUACACAGGGUUCAGCAUCAACAUCCUGUCGUGGAGCCUCCAGCUGCUGUGGUUCAACGGCCAACACUCUCGAAGAUAUUGAAUGAGAGAGGCGUUUCUGGGUUAUUAUUUGUUCUAGGGGAGGCGCUGUUCAUUACAAGACCCCUUAUCUAUGUAUUAAUAAUCAGGAAAUACGGAGUUCGUUCAUGGGUUCCUUGGUUUCUUUCUCUAGCUAUUGACUUUGUUGGGGUAGGUUGUCUAACGCCACUGUCAACAUUGCGGUUUGGAGGAAGGGAGGAACAGUGUCAAUUUACUGAUUCUGAAAAGCAUGAGCUUAAGAGAAGAAAACUGUUAUGGGCACUUUACUUGAUGAGAGAUCCCUUCUUUAGCACGUAUACAAGAGGAAAACUGGAAAGCACUGAGAAGAUAAUGGAGCCUGUACCUCUAGUCGGGAUUCUUACAGAAAAACUCGUUGAGCUUCUAUCCGGAGCCCAAACUCGAUACACGUACAUGUCCGGGUCAUGAGACGGAGUUCAAACUGGAAGAAGUCGAAUUUAUCGAAGGGAGAAUUUGUGGUUGAAGUUUCCCCAUCUUGUCUAUCUAUAUAUUGGUCAUGGAUUCUUCUGCAAAGUGCAAUGUCUGGGUGGGUGAACAAGAGCAGAAGUCUGGUGACCAAGCUGAGACGAUGGAUGUUGGCAUGUUACACACUCGCAACGAAACGGUUUGAGCUGAAGGGUUUGCUUUGCUUUGAAGGUUUGAGAGUGUCAGCUGAGCUAUCUACACCAUUACCAGAGUCCCAUGCCCCAUAAUACAAGUUGAUAUCACUGAUGCAUCAAACACCAAAACUCUGACAGCCUUUAUGGUUGAACAUUAGGCUGCACAACUCGGGGGCAAAAUUAGGGAUGUAAAGGCUAAAAUGAUUUUAUUAGUGUUCGUCAUCAACAAUCACUCAACUUAUCCACAUAAUGCUUUGAUGAGUAUCCGUCAUUUCUCUUUUACCUCUCCACAAUGGAUGUUACCAAACCCACCAAAACAUAAAACCACUGACUUAUCACUCCUAACCUUCAAUGUGGUUAAAAUUUCUAAAAUAAUUGUCCAAGAAAAUU